GCAAAGAUCCGAGCUGUCAGAGAUUUGAAGAAAAAAAAAAAAAAAAAAAAGGCAGCCCGGCGCUGGCGGAGACGCGCUCUCCCUGCAAAAAAAGCAAAGGCGAUUAAAGGCGCUGCCAGCCUCGCGCUCUGGGCACAGCUGAGCGUGACACUCGGGGAGUCAAACCCCUCACUACUGCCUAGGAAGAUGGCUAGACUUUAAAGACUAUUUUUUUUCCCUUUAAGAAAAAAAAAAUCUUGGAGCUUUAAAUUUUUUUUUCUUGCUUUCUUUUUUUUCCUUUCUUGUCUUUUUUUUUUUCUUUUUUUGGCCGUGGCUUACUCCCCAUUUAAAACAAGUCGUUUAAUUUGGUUGCAGAAAGAAAAGAGAAAUAGCCAAGUGUCUCCAUAUCUGGAUGUCUACAAAUUAGGGAGAGGUAGAGACAGCGAGAUCAUCUGCUCGGUAAGAGCGAGCGAUCCAGGCCGGGCGCCUGGGCUUUUUCUCUCCUGCACCCGCCCUGUGCCUUCGCGGAGGCUUCUCAGGCCUCCGUCCUCCGCGCACCCCCACGGGCCGCUGGCAAAGUGGGGUGGGGAGCGAGACAGGGGGGGCGGGGGCCGGCGCGGCGGCCGGGGCGGCGGGGCGGCCGAGUAUGGAAGAACAGCAGCCGGAACCUAAAAGUCAGCGCGACUCGGGCCUCAGCGCGUCGGCGGUGGCGGCGGCCCCGGGCAGCCUCAGCCUGAGCCUCAGCCCCGGCGCCAGCGGCAGCAGCGGCAGCGAUGGAGACAGCGUGCCGGUAUCCCCGCAGCCCGCGCCCCCCUCGCCGCCCACGGCGCCCUGCUUGCCGCCCCUGGCCCACCACCCGCACCUCCCCUCGCACCCCCCGCCCCCGCCGCCGCCGCUGCCGCCGCCGCCGCAUCUCGUGGCGCCUGCCCACCAGCCGCAGCCCGCGGCCCAGCUGCACCGCACCACCAACUUUUUCAUCGACAACAUCCUGAGGCCGGACUUCGGCUGCAAAAAGGAGCAGUCGCCGCAGCAGCUCCUGGUGGCGGCCGCGGCCGGAGGAGGCGCAGGAGGAGGCCGGGCGGAGCGUGACAGAGGCCAGACCGGCUCAGGUAGAGACCCUGUCCACCCGCUGGGCACGCGGGCACCAGGCGCCGCCUCGCUCCUCUGUUCCCCGGACGCAAACUGUGGCCCACCCGACGGCUCCCCGUCAGUCGCUGCCGGAGGCACGGGUGCGUCCAAGGCUGGGAACCCAGCAGCUGCGGCGGCGGCGGCGGCGGCGGCAGCGGCCGUGGCAGCGGCGGCGGCGGCGGCAGCAGCCACAGCCAAGCCUUCAGACAGCGGCGGCGGCAGUGGCGGCGGCGUGGGGAGCCCGGGCGCGCAGGGUGCCAAGUAUCCGGAGCACGGCAACCCAGCCAUUCUGCUUAUGGGCGCAGCCAACGGUGGGCCCGUGGUCAAAACGGACUCGCAGCAGCCUCUCGUGUGGCCCGCUUGGGUCUACUGCACACGCUACUCCGAUCGUCCGUCCUCCGGUCCGCGCACCAGGAAGCUGAAGAAGAAGAAGAACGAGAAGGAGGACAAGCGGCCUCGGACGGCGUUCACCGCCGAGCAGCUGCAGAGACUCAAGGCGGAGUUCCAGGCGAACCGCUACAUCACGGAGCAGCGGCGGCAGACCCUGGCCCAGGAGCUCAGUCUCAACGAGUCCCAGAUCAAGAUCUGGUUCCAGAACAAGCGCGCCAAGAUCAAGAAAGCCACCGGCAUCAAGAACGGCCUGGCACUGCACCUCAUGGCGCAGGGACUGUACAACCACUCCACCACCACGGUCCAGGACAAAGACGAGAGCGAGUAACCGCCCAGGCUGGGGCCGCGCGGUCCGCCUUUGCGCCCGCGCCCGCCGGGCACCGCCGUGGCCGCCUCGCCAGCCCAGCUCCGGGGAGAAAGAAUCUGCGCAAAAGAGAGAGGGAGCAACAGGGGAAAGAGAGAGGGCUCCCCAGAAUGGAGAGUCACGCUCGAAGGCAACGUUUUUAAAAAGGAAGAGAGACUCGGACAGGUGCUAUCGAAAAAUAAGAUCUAUUCUCUAUAAACAGAAUAAGGGACGUAAUUGCAAACUCCUUAAAGCUCUAUCUAGCCAAACCGCUUACGACCUUGUAUAUAUUUAAUUUCAGGUAAGGAAAAGAAAGAUGUGUAGCGAUCUCUAUUUGCUGGACUUUUUAUUAAUCUCCUUUAUUAUUAUUGUUAUAAUUAUUAUAAUAAUUAUUAUUUUAUCCCCCACCUCCACCCCCCCCCCCAGCUGCCCCGGCCCAGUUUCGUUUUCGUUGCCUUUUUCUUUUGAUGUUAUCGCUUCCCCGGUGCCUCCCGCCCCGCAUCGCUGGCCCUCGUUUCUCUGGGACUUUUCUUUGUGUGCGUGAGAGUGUGUUCCCUCGCGUGUCUGCUCCUCGCUCUCCCCCCUCCCCAGUCCCUUUCUGUCGCUCUGUCUGUCCUGCCCCCCUUUCGUUUUCCGGAGACUUGUUGAGAAAUACGACCCCACAGACUGCGAGACUGAACCGCCGCUACAAGCCAAAGAUUUUAUUAUGUUCAGAAACCUGUAGUCUGAAAUAAAGUGUACACUGUGCUCA